AUGUUUUGGACUCCUUGUGCAGCACAUUGUGUGAACCUCAUGAUUCAAGAUAUCGGUGAGAAAAUACCAAAGAUAAAGCCUGCUUUGACUGAUGCUAGAGCAAUGGUGGUUUACAUUUACAACCACGGAAGGAUUCUUAAUAUGAUGAGGAAGUUGACGAAAAACAAGGAGCUACACAGGUCUUGUGUAACUAGAUUUGCAACCCAGUUCUAUACCCUUCAAAGUAUCCAUGAGAAUCGACAUCAUAUUCAAGUGUUGUUCGUUUCCGAAGAAUGGAGGAAAAGUGACUUUGAAAAUAAGGUAAUUGGAAAGAAAGUCGAGCGAAUAGUUGCAAAAACAGAUUUUUGGGACAAUGUACACCUAGCUUGUCAAGUGCUAGCUCCGUUGGUGGAUGUUGCUAGAUUGGUUGAUACAGAAGAGAAGUAG